AUGGCUAUGUCGACUACCCGCUUCCAUGUGAAGACGGGCUGCCGGACCUGCAAAGCCCGAAAGAUCAAAUGUGACGAAGGCAAGCCCUCAUGCAAGCGUUGUAUAUCGUCGCGUCGCGUUUGCCACGGUUACCAAGACACUGCCGCUGAGCAUAGCCUGACAUGGUACCGACCUAACCAAUUAUCUGCAGGCGACCAGAAAGAAGGCAGAGCGUUCCAGUUCUUUACAGAAAUGGUCGGGCCAGUUCUUUCUGGACCUACAGACUCUUACUUCUGGACUCAUCUGGUCAUGCAGUUCAGCCACUUUGAGCCUACCAUGCGACAUGCUGUUCUAUCUAUCAGCUCGUUAUAUGAAGAAUUUGCCAGAGGAUCUCGUAUCACUCGGCAGAUUUGCGGCAGCACCUUUGCUGUUCGUCAUUACAACUCGGCUAUCAAGCAAGUCAAGUCCGCCAGCGAUGAGCAAACGGUACUGGUGCUCUGCGUUCUUUUUAUUUGCAUCGAGUAUCUACAAGGAGACUUCGAUGCCGCUCUACAGCACUGCCGUCAUGGCAUCAUGAUACUGAAUAGCUCUUCACGUCCGGCUUGGGCCUGUCAGUAUCUUGUUCCCAUAUUCCGACGUCUAAGUAUAAUUCCCCUUCUCUUCGGCGGUGCCAGUCCUUCGCUUCUCCCGCCGCUCGUUGGAUUCGAGACACCAUUGCCUUCAAAGUUCAACGAUAGUCGAGAAGCACAAACAGCCAUUGAUGAUCUAAUGGUUCGGACCUUGGAGAGUCUCCACGAUGAUAUCGACGACAAGACUGAGCUGGCUACGUUGCUGGAUGAAUGGGAAUCCAAGAUGGAUGACCUAGAAGGCUCACUUCCCCCAGCUGCGACAGCUGACAAAUAUGCGAUAUGUGGAAUGCGAUUCAAACAUAAAAUUGCCAAUAUUUAUAUCCAAAAAACAAACUCGCAAACAGAAAUGUGGUGGGAUCAACAUCUCUGUCUUUUCCGGGAUGCUGUGAAUUUGGCAGAAGAAGCAUUUCAACUAUUGACGGCACCAAAUCACCAACGCUCACCACCAUCGAGCUUCAGUUUCGAAAUGAGUUGGCUACCAAUGCUGUUCUUCAUUGUCCUAAAGUGUCGAGACUUGAAAACUCGUCUUAGAGGAUUGUCCUGGUUGGGUCAGCUUGGACCUGCCAAGGAGGGUCUAUUUGACGUGGGGACUUUGUAUAGAAUCGGAAGACGUCUUGUUGAGCUAGAACUUGAAAUAUGCCUCCAAGAUACCGAUGACCCGGUGGGACUUACAAGUACCGUUAUGCCAUCGGAGGAGAAACGCUAUUUCGCUAUUCCGGUGAAACACGAGCUGGAGGUCAUCCGCAAGGAGGACGGCACGGUCAAUUACAGAAGACAGGUUGAAUUCCUCAGAAGAGAUGCAGAGGGCAACGUGAUUAGUCUGGGAGAAUACAUCUAUGAUGAUAAACCUCGUGGAUGCAAUAUUAAGAUUCCACCAAUGAGAUGUUCAUAUCGUCUCUAG